UUACACUUUCUAAAUGGUAACUAAACAAAAGAUAACCUAAAAAGUAGAACAGGAUAAAAUGGAAGAUAAUAUUCAAAGUUGUUCAGCGAUUUUAAAUGUUGUGUCAGAAAACAAAGAUAUUAAUUCGAUAGUGAAGGAACAUGAGCGGAGAUCAAGUCUGAGUAACAGUAAUUACACUUUUGAUAAUUCAAUGGUACAGUCUCCCAGUUUGGAGAGCUUUUCAACAAUUCCCGAUUCUGAAAUAAUUUCUGAUUUAAAUAGUGACGACGUGGAUUUGUGCGUAAAAGUUGAUAAUCCUCAGAAGUACCUCGAUACAUUAGAGACAUAUAUAACUUUCCGUAUUACAACCAAAGCUACAAGAAGCGACUUUUUAGAAAAUGAGUACGUCGUUAGAAGAAGAUAUAGUGACUUUGCGUGGUUAAGACAAAAAUUGGUUGAAUGUCAUCCAUUUUGCAUAAUACCACCUCUUCCUGGAAAGCACUCUUUAAUUGGACAGUUGGAUAGAUACUCAAAAGAAUUCAUAUUGAGUCGAACAAAAUUAUUACAUAUAUUUAUGUCUAGAGUUACUGGUCAUGAAAUCUUAAAUUCCAAUGAACAUUAUAAAAUGUUUAUUACUGCAAAUCAAAUGGAUUUUUCUACUCAUCGUAAACAUAAUUCCCCAAAAAGCAAUCCUACAGUAAAAUUAUACCCCUUUAACAAUAGCAAUCCCAGCAGAGAACCUUCACAUUUAGUUAUUAGAAAUCAACAGUUGGAGUUUGAAAAAACUAAAGACUAUCUAGACGUACUAUCUGACAAACUUAUGGCAGUAGAAAAGAUUUCGAGUCGAAUUAACAAGGAACGACAUGAUUAUGUCACUAAAUUGAAUGAAUUGUAUCCUGCAUUUGCUGCUUGGGCAACAAUCGAGCCACAGAUAGUUGGCCUUUUACAAAACAUAUCUACUGCAACAGAAAAAAAUGCUUGGGCUCUAGGAAGCAUGAUUUCCAAUUAUGGAAAGUCAAUGGCUGAUCCUAUUAAAGAAUUUUUAUUAUACAUUGAUGUAGUUAAGGAAGCACUGCAGAGGAGAGAAAUUUGUCAACAAAAUUAUGAGGAAAGUUUUCAAGAACUUAUUAAAAAACGAACGGAAAAAGAUCAGUUAUUAGCCAAUCACUACAGUCAAAAAGCCGGAGCUUUUUCUGUUUGGAAACAACCUACUUCUGAUGAGAAAUUAGAAAAACUUGGUGCCCACAUUCCUCAACUUGUAAAAAAGGUAGAAUCUCAUCAAGACGUCUUAGAAUGCGCGAACGAAUCUUUAAAAAGUGAUCUACAGAAAUGGAAUAUUGAGAAACAACACUGUUUAAAAAAAAUUCUACUUGAUUUUGCAAAUAAGCAAAUAGAAUACUAUGAAAAGACCGUAUCUACGUGGGAGAAUGUAACCAAUGAAUUAACCACUCAAAACUCCAGAAAAACGAUAAGUCCCUCUAAAUGAUUAAAUAUGAUCUCAUUUAUCAUACAUUCACAUUCCAAGACUUAAUUUAAUCCCAUAAUUAUUAAUAAAAUUAAUGUAAAGCAGCUAAAAGAAAAUGCUUUUAUUUAUUUUUGCU